CACGGGCUGGAGUGACUCUGGGCUGCGGUUCUCUGUUCCAGCUCACGGAUCCUGGUCAGCCUGGGGCAGUUGGGGAUCGUGUUCCGGUUCCUGUCGGGAGGAAGGGAGCAGCCACGCUCCCCGGCGAAGACGCAACCGGACCUGCACCAACCCGACACCUUCCUUCGAUCCCCCGGGAGAUCCGUGCCCCGGGGCGGACGUGGACGUUGGCCUGUGUGACUUCUUACCCUUCUGCCCCAUUGCCGGGAAUUGGGGUUCCUGGGCCGAGAUCUCUCAGUGUUCCGUGUCGUGCGGGAUUGGGAUGAUUCGCCAAAGCCGGGCCUGUGACUCUCCCCCACCAAAGCACGGUAGCCCCGACUGUAGCGGUAUCCGAUCCCGCGAUGUUCCCUGCAACACUGGCCUCCCCUGUCCAGUGGACGGCGUGUGGACUAACUGGGGCCACUGGUCCUUCUGCGCCCGGACUGGCUGGAACAUCUCGUGCAAGCGGUUUGUGGGCCAGCAACGACGGACACGGCUCUGCCGAGGCAGGAACCACGGCGGGGAGCCCUGCCAGGGCUCCAUCAUCGAGAUCCGGACCUGCUACGACAGUGAUAACUGCUGGUAUGGCAAAGGGGUGUGGAGCGAUUGGAGCGACUGGGGCCUGUGUCUCCCUCCCUGCGGCGAGGGCAGCACUCGGAGCCGGAGCCGAGUCUGUGAACCGGUCUACCCUGAUUACUCAAUGACAGGGGGCAUUCUGAAACAAGUGAACAUCUCCUUCUCGGGUUACCCGAGAUUCGAGUGCGAUGAGCUGGAGGGGGAGCACGAGACCCUGCAGGAGUAUUGGCCCUGUCAACAUGUUCCACUGUGUGACUGAGGUAUGGGACACACUCACACUCACACU